AUGGCUGGUAAAGGAGAAGGUCCAGCGAUCGGAAUCGAUCUCGGAACGACAUACUCUUGUGUCGGUGUAUGGCAACACGACCGUGUUGAGAUCAUCGCUAAUGAUCAAGGUAACAGAACCACGCCGUCUUACGUCGCCUUCACCGACUCUGAGAGGUUGAUCGGUGAUGCCGCCAAAAACCAGGUCGCCAUGAACCCGAUUAACACCGUCUUCGACGCAAAGAGAUUGAUUGGUCGUAGAAUCAGUGACGCAACCGUCAAAAGCGAUAUGAUGCUAUGGCCAUUCAAGAUCAUCCCUGGACCCGCAGAAACCAAUGAUCGUCGUCAACUACAAAGGAGAAGAGAAACAAUUCGCCGCAGAAGAAAUCUCUUCGCAAUGGUUCUCCUCAAGAUGCGUGAGAUCGCUGAAGCUUACCUUGGCUCUUCGAUCAAGAACGCUGUUGUCACUGUUCCAGCUUACUUCAACGACUCUCAGCGUCAAGCCACAAAGGACGCUGGUGUGAUCGCUGGCUUUGAACGUUAUGCGUAUCAUCAACGAGCCUACCGCAGCUGCAUUGCUUAUGGUCUUGACAAGAAGGCAACAGUGUUGGGAGAAGAACGUAUCUUUGAGGUGAAGGCUACUGCCGGAGACACUCAUCUUGGUGGUGAAGAUUUCGACAACAGAAUGGUUAACCACUUUGUUCAAGAGUUUAAGAGGAAGAACAAGAAGGAUAUCAGCGGAACCCUAGAGCUCUUAGGAGGUUGA